AUGGAUUCAGUCAUUAGUUAUGUACAACCUGAUUCAGAUUUUCAUGAUAAACUAUUAGAGGAUUAUAUUCAAAUAUAUGAAAAUAGAGAAGAAUAUAGAUAUAAUAAUGGAAUGGAUAAUGAUUUACUUGAACCAUGUGAUGUAGAGGAUAAUUUCUAUUAUGUUAAUUAUCCAGCAUGGUCAUCACAAGAUGUUUUGAUUGAUGAUGUGAUUGAUUUGUUAAAUGACGAUGAACCAUUUGUACUAUUCUUUAAAGAUGGCUUUGUAACUGAAGACUUGGUCGUCUUUCAUCAAGACAUGACACUCAGUUACGAAUCGAUCAUUGAUAAUUACAAAUUAUUGGAUUGUACGCCAAGAAUGUUCUUCAACUAUCAACACAGUUUCAAUAAUCUUCCAUCACAAACACAUCUCUUUAUGUUAUUGGCUAUUGUAGAAUCUAUCAAAGCACCAAAAAACGUAAAUGACAUUGAUACACUAAGAGAUCGACUAAACAAUGACAAUAUCGUAAACACUUGGGAGGCUGCCAUCAAUUUGUUACCUUGUACAAUGGUUGGUGCACAAAACCCAAGAAACAAAAGAAAAAUAUCAAAGAGAAGAGGUAUUCUUCAUUCUCUUGGAGAUUAA